ACAGUGACAGAAAUCAUGGAGAAAGGCUUUGUAGCAACAUCAUACAGCAGCUCCUCCCCAUCACAACCUGAACAAUGGGACCCCUGCAGCCACCGCAUGCAUGGUGGUUCCUCUUUUGUUAUAAAGGUAUCAGAGUCAACUCCACAGGGACUUGAAGUACUACCUGGCCUCAGCAGAUCCCCACUGCCCCCAGAUGCUCCUGUCUUUGAACUGUCAUCCUUGGCUUCAGAAAACCCCAAUUUUUUCAACAAUUCAGUUGUAGGAGUGUUUUAUGGAACCAAAGUAUCCACUCCAUACAAAGAGAACAAUGAAGAGGAGACACCUGUUUCCAUGGCAGUGGAAGUCACUUUAUCAAAGCUGCAGGAUUCAGAUAUUGUGGUUAGUGAUGUUAGUGUACAGAAACCAACUUCCCCAAUGUGGGAGAUCUCAGAGAUAACUUCUGCAAUGGAUGAGAACACACCAUCUCUGGAUGUUAACAUAUCGGAUCUAAGAUACCUAAGUAGCUCUGAACAUGAACCAGUUCCCCCUGCUCAAUCCUACUCUGCAGCUUACUGCGCCCAGUGGGUUGGAGCCAAGCACAAGGAUAUAGGGAUGUCUUACUUGCAGCCAUUCCGUUACCAACGCCAACUUAGUGCCUCUGAAAUACCAGUUUCCUCUAAACCUGCAGUGCACUCCAUCCACCUCUCUAAUCUAUCACCUGAUGGAACGGUGGAAAGAUCUGCAUUUUGA